CCACCCCCGCUCACCGACAUGCGCUCCCACCCCACCCCUCGACAUGCGCUCCCACCCCCUCCCUCGACUUGCGCCCCCACCCCACCCCCCGACGUGCCCUCCCACCCCACCCCCGGCAUGCGGUCCCCCACUUACGAGAUGCGGAGGGUCGCGGUGACUGCCACAAGCUUGAUAGGGGGGGAGGGGAGCAAUGAGGGGGGAGGGGAGAGAUGAGGAGAGGGGUGCGAUGAGGGGGGACGGGGGCGCGAUGAGGGGAAGGGGGAGAGAUGAGGGCGAAGUGGGCGAAGGGGAGCGAUGAGGAGGGAGGGGGUGUCAGAGUAAAGGGCAGUAGACAGCGAUAAGGCGCGUACUCACCAUGAACGACAAUAUUACCGUAUGUAUGCGUAUAUAAACAAUAAAACAUGGUUGUGCGAGAUUUCCUCCCGCCCGUUUGCAGUCUCGCUCCCCUUCUCCCUUCGCGAUGUCGCUGCGCUCCUCGCCUCGUGGGUGUCCGGCCUUCGUGCGCCGAUCCUCUCCGCCCUUGCCCGCUUUCCGUGUCCCCCCCUUC